GGCCGGGUCCCCGGAGCGCCCAGCGUGGCUCCGCCCCCGGCCCGCGGCGCUGCCCGGCGGAACUACCAUUCCCAGAAGGCCUUGCGAGCCCGGGAGGGAAGCCGCGGAGGCGGCAGCGGCGGAGGCAGGAAGGCGCGAGCAGCAGCGGCGGCGGUGUCCCCCGCCUCGGUGGCCACUGGUAGCUGGCCGCAGGACGUGGCCCCUGAACGGCACAAGCAGUCCUAGGCGCUGGCUGAUCUUGCUCCUCCGCUCUCUGGACGGGUCCGGGGCGGGAUGUAGGGCGCUGGGCGCGGAGGCCGCCGGCGCGGCGGGGCGAUCGCGGCGGACGCGCCGAGGAUGGAGAGAGCGAUGGAGCAGCUCAACCGCCUGACUCGCUCGCUGCGCCGCGCGCGCACCGUGGAGUUGCCCGAGGAUAAUGAAACUGCUGUUUAUACAUUAAUGCCAAUGGUUAUGGCUGAUCAACACAGGUCUGUUUCUGAACUACUAUCAAAUUCAAAAUUUGAUGUCAAUUAUGCUUUUGGACGUGUGAAAAGAAGCUUGCUUCACAUUGCAGCAAAUUGUGGAUCAGUGGAGUGCUUGGUUCUGCUGCUAAAGAAAGGAGCAAACCCUAACUAUCAAGAUAUUUCAGGCUGUACACCGCUUCAUUUGGCAGCUAGAAAUGGGCAAAAAAAAUGUAUGAGUAAAUUAUUAGAAUACAGUGCUGAUGUCAACAUUUGUAAUAAUGAAGGCCUUACAGCAAUCCACUGGCUGGCUGUGAAUGGGCGGACAGAACUACUGCAUGACCUUGUGCAGCACGUCAGUGAUGUCGACGUUGAGGAUGCAAUGGGGCAGACAGCAUUGCAUGUAGCCUGCCAGAAUGGUCACAAGACGACAGUGCAAUGCUUACUAGACAGUGGUGCUGAUAUUAAUCGACCAAAUGUCUCAGGAGCCACUCCGUUGUACUUUGCUUGCAGCCAUGGACAAAGAGAUACAGCACAAAUUCUUCUGUUACGAGGAGCCAAAUAUCUGCCAGAUAAAAAUGGAGUUACCCCUUUGGAUUUAUGUGUACAGGGUGGAUAUGGAGAAACUUGUGAAGUAUUGAUUCAGUAUCACCCUAGGCUUUUCCAGACUAUUAUUCAAAUGACACAGAAUGAAGACCUUCGAGAAAAUAUGUUACGACAAGUUCUAGAACAUUUGUCUCAGCAAAGUGAAAGCCAAUACCUAAAGAUUCUAACAAGCCUUGCUGAAGUUGCUACAACAAAUGGUCACAAACUGCUUAGCCUGUCUAGUAAUUAUGAUGCUCAAAUGAAGAGUCUGUUAAGGAUUGUGAGAAUAUUUUGUCAUGUGUUUCGGAUUGGUCCAUCCUCCCCCAGUAAUGGAAUUGAUAUGGGCUACAAUGGGAAUAAAACUCCAAGAAGUCAAGUGUUCAAGCCUCUGGAGUUGCUUUGGCACUCAUUAGAUGAAUGGCUAGUUUUAAUAGCUACAGAAUUGAUGAAAAACAAAAAAGAUUCGACGGAUAUCACUUCUAUUUUACUGAAACAAAAAGGCCAAGAUCAAAAUGCUUCUUCCAUUCCACCAUUUGAACCUCCAGGACCUGCAAACUAUGAAAAUUUAUCCACUGGCACAGGGGAAUCUAAACCAGAUGCUCUUGCAGGGAAACAGGAAACCAAUGCAGAUUGUCAGGAUGUUAUUUCUAUGACAGCUAACCGGCUAAGUGCUGUCAUUCAAGCUUUUUACAUGUGCUGUUCUUGUCAGAUGCCUCCGGGAAUGACUUCACCUCGUUUUAUUGAAUUUGUCUGCAAACAUGAUGAAGUUUUAAAAUGUUUUGUUAACAGAAAUCCAAAAAUCAUAUUUGAUCAUUUUCACUUUCUCCUUGAAUGUCCUGAGUUGAUGUCAAGAUUCAUGCAUAUCAUAAAAGCACAGCCGUUUAAAGAUCGCUGUGAAUGGUUCUAUGAACAUUUGCAUUCAGGACAACCAGAUUCAGACAUGGUACACAGGCCAGUAAAUGAAAAUGAUAUCCUGCUGGUUCACAGAGAUUCUAUUUUUAGGAGUAGCUGUGAAGUUGUGUCAAAAGCAAAUUGUGCAAAGCUAAAGCAAGGGAUUGCUGUACGGUUCCAUGGAGAAGAAGGCAUGGGUCAAGGUGUUGUGCGUGAGUGGUUUGAUAUUCUGUCUAAUGAAAUAGUCAAUCCCGAUUAUGCAUUGUUUACCCAGUCAGCUGAUGGAACCACCUUUCAGCCUAAUAGCAACUCCUACGUAAAUCCAGAUCACUUGAACUAUUUCAGGUUUGCUGGACAAAUCUUGGGAUUGGCUUUGAACCAUAGGCAGCUGGUCAAUAUUUACUUUACACGAUCAUUCUACAAGCAUAUUCUUGGUAUUCCUGUAAAUUACCAAGAUGUGGCAUCCAUUGAUCCAGAAUAUGCCAAAAAUUUGCAGUGGAUUUUAGAUAAUGAUAUUAGUGAUCUGGGUCUAGAACUGACUUUCUCUGUUGAGACUGAUGUGUUUGGAGCAAUGGAAGAGGUGCCUUUAAAACCUGGAGGUGGAAGUAUUCUUGUGACACAAAAUAACAAAGCUGAAUACGUCCAGCUUGUUACUGAACUUCGAAUGACAAGAGCCAUUCAGCCUCAGAUCAAUGCUUUUCUACAGGGCUUUCAUAUGUUCAUUCCACCCUCCCUCAUACAGCUUUUUGAUGAAUAUGAAUUGGAGCUACUGCUUUCUGGCAUGCCAGAAAUUGAUGUGAGUGAUUGGAUAAAAAAUACUGAAUACACAAGUGGCUAUGAAAGAGAAGAUCUGGUUAUUCAGUGGUUCUGGGAAGUUGUGGAAGACAUUACUCAAGAGGAGAGAGUUCUUCUCUUACAGUUUGUUACCGGCAGUUCCAGGGUCCCGCAUGGUGGAUUUGCUAAUAUCAUGGGUGGAAGUGGAUUACAGAACUUCACAAUCGCUGCUGUACCAUAUACCCCAAAUCUUUUACCAACUUCAAGCACAUGAAGACACUGGUAGCCUGGAAGCCCAUUGCUGGAGACACCAACCUAAGGGAGGAGCGGCUGAGUGUGAAGACCGCCACAGCCGGGCCCAGGAAAGGGUGGCGCUGAGUACAGCGUGUCCAGAAGGCAGACCGCUGUACCAGCCUCAGAACUGACGCUCAUCGGGAGGAAGACGUUGGGAGCAGCGUGCAGCAACUUCCUGGAAAGAAUGAGUUAGGAAAGGGCGGUGGCCGUCGUGCGGGGCUGGAAGGAGCUACUGAGACCCCCCGCGCAUUUGCCCCGGCAGGCGGGGUGCAAGCCCCGGGUAGCACAGCCUUGGCUGCACGGCCCGGGAAAUGAGUCUUCGGUUACUAUGCACUGACUUGGGCCAUAUCAAAUGCUAUCUUUAUCUGUCCAGUCACUUAAAGAAAUGAAGCGUUUCCUUCUGUGCAUGGGCAUAUGAGAGUCCUUCCACUUGGUAGCUCACGGAGAUCUGCCAGGUUUUGAUUUUACCUCACAGGAGCUGGAGACGUGUCCCUGUGAUCCUUGCCCUCCAUGGCUUCUGGAGCUGCAGAGUUGCAGGAGGCACAGGGCCCCGGGGUGCUGCAGCCUGGCAGCAAGAGAACGUGCAUAGAGGCUCAGGGGCUGUGUCAGCUGGGGAAUCCUUAGUUCCCUCAUUUGCUCACUGAAAGUUGAUAGUUCAAGGCCCGAUAGGGACUCUGGGUGUUGAGUCAUAGCAGUCUUUACAAAAUGAGUCUUAAAAAAAUGAGUCUGUGGUUCACAUUUUCUCUUAACUAGCCUUGUUACCUCUGCUGCAAAUCACAUUUGGAAAAAUUCUGCCUGAACUGCUGAGAUUCAUAUUAAUGAAAUAACUAGAGGGGAUUUUCAAAGUUGUCGCUCCCCCUCUUCGUGGAGGAACGACACAGAACCCUGCAUUGUUCUUUCGUCUGCUCGGCCCUCCCCGGGUUUGCUGCUGGUUCUUCCCGGGUUGGCUACUAUCCCUUCCACCUCCGUGGAAGGGCAGUUCCCCCUGGCCACAUUCCCCACUUCCGCAGGGGAGCGGCACACCGCCGGCCGGCUCUCUCGGGGGCUGCACGGGUUCCCUUAGAUGUUCCCCAUAGAUGUUCCUGGUGCAUGCCGUCUCUCUCCUCCUUUAUAGUCCUCCUCCGCCAAUCCCAACUCGGCUGCCCACACGCCGAGUACGCUGCUCUCCAAUCAGGAGCAAGUCCUACAGUUAAUUGGUUGAACUGGAGGCAGCUGUGCGGAAGCUGUUUACUUCUCUCCCAGCGCCAUAUUGUGGGAGAGCAGAUGCAUAGAAUAAGUCCUAAUUCGAGUAACUUAGUCUAGUCCGGAUUGCUCCCCACAGAUCCCCCUUUCUUUUUAUUUUUUAGCGUUGAUACGUGCCUGUCUUCGGUGUCCCGCGGCACACACUCUGCUCUACUUGCUAGAGUUGCCACAGGCUCUUACAAGUCCUAUCAGGCAAACCGAAUCCGGGUCCUCUCUUCGCCAUGUUGUGAGGAGGUUUUUAGGCGCUGAUGCGUGCCUGUGUUCGGUGCCCUGCAGCGCAUACUCUGCUCUGCUAGAACUGCCUGCAGGUGUUUACAAAACCUAUCAGGCAAACCGAAUCCAAGCCUUCUCAUUGCCGUAUUGUGGGGGAGACUUAUUAGUGUUGGUUUGUGCCUAUCUUCGGUGACCUGCAGCUCAUACUCUGGUCGAGCUGCUUGCUGGCGCUUACCGCCUUAAUUAGGCAGACCGAAUCCAAGCCUCCUAAUGGUUGUAUUGUGGGGAAGCCUUACUGAUGUUAAUUCGUGCCUGUCUUCGGUGACCUGCGGCGCAUAAGCUGCUAGCCGCCCAGGUGCUCAUCGCCUCACUAAUCGGGCAGACCGAAUCCAAGCCUUCUAAUUGCCAUGUUGAGGGGAGGCCUUAUUUUUCUCUAUUUCUCUAUCUCCGGGCAUUCCUAUUUCUCCCAUUUUACUUCUAUCUUCCAGCAUUCCUAUUUUUCUCAUCUUACUUCUAAACUUCUGUUUCUCUUAUCCCCGCAGCUUCCCGGCACCUCGCCCCGCCGGCGGGUUCCCGGCUCUGCGCCGCUUCAGCCCGCGCCUCUCUCAUCUGCGCAGCUUCCCGGCUUUGCGCGGCUCGGCUUCGCGCGCUCCGCGGUCUCCACGCUUAACCCUUUCGCGUCUGAACCACAGCCUCGCGCCAGCCCCGUUCCCUAUCUAUUCACGCCCCAUGCUCUCUGCACGCGGCGGCUUCCGCGAGUAACACAGCGUAGCUUACGUGUCCGCCACUAGCAUUCAAUCUAAGUUCCCCGGGCUAGCCUGGCGAAUUCAACCCAGCGUACGUCUCCGCCCCACGGUUUGGCUUCCCGUCCUUUGCUCCCCGGGCUAAUCAGACGGAUCCCAACCAGGCUCACGUUUCAGCUUCUGGUUUCAACUUUUCGCCCCCUAUUCCCGGGCUAACUUGAGAAUCCCAAAGUGGCUUUCGUAUCCGCCUCGGCCUGCCCCCCACGGCUUCAAUUUCCCUAAUACUUUUCUCUACCCGGUAUGUUUCCCCAAGCUUUCCUCCAACAAUAUUCCUCCCUCAUUUCUCCUGGCCUCUCCCCACAGUCCGCGUCCAAGUCUGUUUGUUCUAGCUUUCACUUUCGCUUUCGCCCUUAGAGAUUUCUCCCAGCUUCCCCCCGUAGUCCGUAUACGAGUCUAUGCCUAGGCUUUCAACAGCUUCUUCCGGCACCUCUUUUCGUCCGGCUUUUCCCUAGGCUGUUUGCUAGUCUCUCUCUCCGGUAAUUUCCCAGUUCUUCCCGUUUCUUCCCUCCUAAGUUUGCUAUCCGUUCUAGGUUUCCUAUCCGAGUUAGGUUUCCUAUCCGAGUCACGGCACCAUUAUGUCGCUCCCCGUCUUCAUGGGGGAACGACACUAAACCCUGCCUAGGCUUCAUAUCCGAGUCACGGCACCAUUAUGUCGCUCCCCCUCUUCAUGGAGGAACGACACUAAACCCUGCCUAGGCUUCAUAUCCGAGUCACGGCAAAAGUGAAUCUGACCUCUUACAGAGGUCAAAAGAAACUUUGUGUCUUUCAUGCUUCCAUAUGAAUUUUAGGAUUUUCUAGUUCUUUGAAGAAUGUCACUGAUAUUUUGAUGGCGAUUGCCUUGAGUGGUAUUGAUAUUUUCAUAUUAAUUCCAUGAACAUAGAAAGUCUGUUUGUGUGUGUGUCCUUUGUGUGUGUGUCUUCAAUUUCUUUCAUUAGUUUAUUUGCAGAGGUCUUUCACAUCCUUGGCUAAAUUUAUUACACGAUACUUUUUUGUAGCUUUUGUGAAUUGGAUUGUUUGUAUAAUCUCUUUCUGAACUAAUUCAUCAUGCUAUUUUUUGUGUGUUUGUUUUGUGUGAUACACCUUUAUUAAACUUAUUUAUUGUUGGUUAUUAGUCUCUUUUUGGAGUCUAUAGGUCUCUCUGAAUAUAAAAUCAUGUCAUUUGGCGCUGUGGUGUAGCAGGUAAAGCCGUGGCUGGGGUGCCAGCAUCCUAUAUGGGUGCCAGUUAGGGUUCUGGCUGCUCCACUCUGAUCCAGCUCUCUGUUGUGGCCUGGGAAGGCACUAGAGAAUGCCCCAAGUACUUGGGCCCCUGCACGCACGUGGAAGACCCAGAAGAAGCUCCUGACUCCCGCUUUUGGAUUGUCACAGCUCCAGCCAUUGCGGCCAACUAGGGAGUGAACCAGCAGAUGGAAAACCACCCCCCCUUUGCUCUCCUCUCUGUGUAACUCUGACUUUCAAAUGAAAUAAAUAAAAUCUUUCAAAAAAAAAAGAAUCAUGUCAUUUUCAUACACAGACUACUUGACUUCCUCCUUUCCUAUCUGUGUGCCCUUAAUUUAUUUCUCUCUCCUCAUUGCUCUAAAACUUCCAGUACUGUAUUAAGAGCCAUGAGAGUGAACAUCCUUGUCUGGUUCUAGAUCUUGGAGGAAAUGCUUUCAGCUUUUUUCCAUUCAAUAUGUUGUUGCGUGUGGGAUUUUCCUGAAUAGCCUUAUUGUGUCGAGGUGUGUUUCUUCCAUCUCUAAUUUGUUCAAGGUUUUAUCACGAAUGGAUGUUGGGUUUGUUAAAUGCUUUUUCUGCAUUAACUGAGACGAUUACUUGAUGUUGAUGUGAUACGUUCAUUGAUUUGUGGUUGUUGAACCAGCCCUGCAUUCCUGGAAUAAAUCCCAGUUGAUCAUGGAAAAAAAAGACUAAGUUGACUCCUUGGCAGCACUAACCCUACAAUAUUGAUGAGACUCGGACCUGCUAACAGCAGGAAAAAGUGGGUCUCUGUUUAUUCAUAGACAGAGUGCUGUUUCUGUGUCAAUCAAUCUGGUCUCAUAUAUUAUGCUGCUUACAACUUGGUGGACAAGGCAUCCAAAAUUCAUCAGUACAUGUCUGACUCUUGGAAUAAUUGGUUUCAAAAACCCUCCUGGCUACCUUGGCUUGCACCCUCUCUCACUCCACCCAUAACAAGUUUGCUUCUUAUGUCCCUAGGGCCAUGCACCUUUAAUUACAGAGGUAAUUCAUCACCCAAUGGUCCAGAACCUCACUCAAACUCAUGUUGAUAAUACCUUCCUGCUAAGGGGUUUCUGAUACCAUCUGCUGUUCCCACACCCUCACUGGGAGAGGGAGGAACCAUUCUACUGACUACACCUUUCUCAGCAAGAAGUAGCCAGUGAGACUGUCUUCACCUCCAUUCCUGUUUCUGCCCUUGCUUCACUUUCCCUUUUGCUACACAUUAUUUAAUUUUGCCUUCUCUUCUCUUCCCUUUUCUUUCUUUCUUUCCUUCCCUUCCUUGCUUUUUCUCUAUUUCUUUUGCCCUCUUUCAUUCUUUGUAAUAAAAUGCUGGAUUUUUGGGGCCUUACUUACCAGGCUGUUGGGACACAAGUAGUUAACCUUCAAACCUGAUAGAAUUAGGCACGAAUAAAAUAACCCUAAAAACGACACAGUGGGAUCUUAUUGUCUGAGAUUCCACUGGCUUGGCAACAGUUUGUUCAGUUCAUUGCCCAGGAAACCCUGAGCUGAUAAGAGCAUACGCUGUGCAUUGUUUCCUUCAACAAACAAUCGUCAAGGGGUCGUCUGCCCAUUCAGACCUGCCUUAUCGUGGUGGCUGUGGGUCUCUGUACAUAUGCAAGGCUCCUUCCCUAGGCAAGAGUUUAAAAAGAUGACUGCCUGCCUCCUGGGGAGCUGAACCUCUUUUCUGACUCCCCGCUUGCUGUCAGUGUGAAUCUUCUCCUGCCAUGCUGUUCUGUCCACAAGGGAAGCCUUUUCUGCCUUUACCAGCCACC